UUGAACGUAUAAUAAUUAUUUCUUCAAGAUAAAUUUUUUUUCAUAUAUUAUUGAUAAAUUUAAAUAAUCAUUAUUUUCAGGCAAUUUAUGCAAUACGAACAGUCAUGGGUAUUAGUGCAGGAAUGUGUUUCCCAUUAAUAUUGAUAUAUUUUUCCGAGAUAGCGCUAGUGAAUCAUCGUGGUAUGGUUACUUCCAGUCAGGCUUUUUCAACGAAACUCGGAGUUUUAUUAAUGUACAUAUACAGCGCUUUCGUGCCGUCAAAAAACACAUUUAUUUUUCCAACCACGUUAGUCGUUCUUUCGGGACUACUUUUGCUGACUGUGCCAGAAUCGCCAUAUUAUUUGGUGCUCCAUAAAAAUUAUGAAGAAGCAAAGAAAUCUUUGACGCGACUUCGGCAACCUUUUGAAGAGAAGGAAAUACAAAUGAUUGUAAGAGAUACGGAGAAUUGUGCGGCGAAAUGCAAAUGGAAGGACUUAUUCCUCGUGUCAAACAAUCGAAAAGUGCUUCUCGUUGUUACUUCCAUCGUCGUCACGUCUCAAUUUGCUGGCAAUGCUAUAAUCUUGGCUUAUAUCAAUGACAUCUUCAUUGCUUUCGGAAAAAAAUCAAGCAUGAAACUCUUAACUAGCUGUACAGGAACAAUCGGAUGUGUGAGUACUGUGUGCACCAUGUUGCUAGUAGAUCGUAUGGGUCGCAAAACUAUCUUCCUUAUAUCGGUUAUUGGAGGUGGCAUAUCUAGCUUCAUCAUAGGGACAUGUAGUUUUCUUUUGGAGAAAAAUUAUCACGUGGACGUUGUAUAUUCGUCGCGAAAUCUAAAUUUUCCUAGUGAAAACGUUCGAACAGUGUGUCACGUGGCAGUUGCGAACAUGUCGAAUGCAAGACUUUAUUUGAUAACUUUCGUAGUGUGUUUGAUCCAAUUAAAUGCGGGCCUCUUUUUGGAAUGGACGUCACAAAUGAUAACAAAAUCUUCAGUCGACAAUUUUCCUUUCAAAAUCGCUAUCGACGAAGCCUCCUGGAUAGUAUCUUUAUUAAAACUUGGAACAGCGUUCGGUUGCUUUCUUUCGAUAUUCAUCGUUGACUUUCUAGGCAGAAAAAUCUCGAUAUUGGUUACUAUUAUCCCAACUUGCCUAAGUUGGUUACUAGGAAUAUGGAAUCCAUCGAUUCUGAAUCUGUACAUGGCCAGUUUCAUAAGCGGGAUUGUCAGUGGCAUAAUUUUAACGAGUGGCUCGAUGUUCGUGACAGAGAUCUCUCCUGCGCAUAUUCGUGGUGCCUUGUGCAGUUGCUUCGUAUUAAUGCAUUAUUGCAGUAAUCUUUUGGGCUGUGUAAUCGGCUCAUUUAGCACCGUGCAACAAUAUUCUUACGUGGCGAUAUCAUUGGCAAUGCUGCAAUUCCUGAUAUUCAUUUGGUGCCCUGAAACUCCUUAUUACUUGCUGCGCCGAAAAAAAUUCGCAGCUGCCAUGGAUUCUUUGAUAUUCUUGCGCGGUUCGGGUGACGUUACCGAGGAAAUGGAUUCUAUUAUUAGAGCGGUCGAAUCCAGUCCUCGAUGCAAUGGGAUAUUGUCUUCUAUUUUACACUUAAUUUCUGAGUCAGGAGGAAAAGCUGCGAUCUUAAUCGGCGCAGGUGUAAUGACGGUGCAAGCGUUCUCAAGCUCGAUUAUUCUUAUCGGUUACGCCCAAACGAUCUUCGAGAAGAUCCACGACGUUCAACUGCAGGGGGUCUACACCAGCAUCGUCUUAGCAACGGUGUAUCUGAUCUCGUAUCUUAUGUGCAUUAGCUUGGUGGAUCGUUUAGGAGGAAGACCUCUAAUGGUUAUAUCCACCAUAGGCGUUUCUAGUUGCAGUUUCCUUUUGGCUGUCUACUUCUGCAUGCAAGAGAACGCCAUAGAUACCACGAAUCUUCGGCUGUUGUCCUUCGUAGCAGUAUUAUUUUACACGAUAAGCUUCUCUUUAGGAUUGGCCGGUGUACCUUUCGUUGUUGUAAACGAAAUAUUUCCAGUCUACGCGAAAGCAACGUGUAUCAGCUUUUGUUUCUGUAUAAAUUUCGUAUGGUCGUUUAUCGCGUUGCGUGUCUGGAGUGAGAUCAUGUUCAAACACAACGCAUAUUCCUUUGUCUUUUGGUUUAUUUCCGGUCUGAACACGUUCAGUAUCUUCUUUCUAGUGUUUUACUUUCCGGAAACGAAAAGAAAAUCGUUAUUGCAAAUUAGGAAGAAUUUUAUCGAGGGAAUGAAAAAGUGAUUAAUCAGGCCAUUAUUUUGGUUGAAAGGUGUAAUGAGUUAAGAAGCUUGAAAGUUCACGAUUAAUUAUGAGAAGAUGUCGUUGUCGAAAAAUAAAAAUAGUAUCUAUUAAAAAACCACAUAAAUUAUUUAUUGAAAAUGUUAGAACAACCUUUUAAAAGUCCAUUUUGGAACCUAUGUAAACAGGUACUGCGACACAUAUUGUAAUUUACAAUAAUAUGUACAUUUAAGGAUACGAACAGUCUGGAAAUCGCCGAGUUCAUAUCGAUAUUUGGAAUCGUACAUACUUUACUUCGCAGCGGGUGAAUUUCGAGCAGCGUAAUCCGUAAUAGAAACCAGGGAACAAGCAUUGUAACUCGACAAGGUUGUAGUUGAAUCGAUACGAAAUAGAUAAUUUUCCAAAAAUUGCAUUGUAAA